AUGAAAUCCGAAUCACCACAAUCUGCUCAAGUAUUAGAUUACCUAAAAUCAGAAUAUACCAAUUAUUUAACAAAGGCUAAGGAGGAUAAAGAAGGGGAAAAAUACAAGGUUUAUCGAUCCUUAGAAUCACCAAAUCAAUGGACAAGCAAUACAGGCAGCAAUAGACAAAACAACAACAAAAAUAAUCCUAAAGAAGUGAUAAGAAACCGUCCAGGAAAUAACAACACAUUAGACUUGCUAUUUGAAAUCAAUCGUUCAGUUUACCAACAGAGAGAAAGACAAAAUAAAUAA